UGAAACAGAAAUGAAAGUAAGAGUUGAAGUAGAGUUUGCCACCAAUACUAGCCGUCAGGAAUUUCUUCUAAAAAGCCAAGAACUACGAAAGGAAUUUCAAAUAUCUCUGGAAAGUUAUUACAAGAAAGAAAACGUUAGCGGAUUUCUUCUUCUGAAAGUCCUAUCUAUUCGAUUUGGGAGUUUGAUUGUUGACUAUGAAAUUAUUGGUAAUAAGAGCGAAUCAGACAGCUUUGAAAGCGACCUUGCAUCUAGCAUGACAAAAUUGCUAAAUGGAGACAGAACGCUUGUUGUACUGAACCAAACACCAGCUAUCAUGCAAAUCAUGAUUAAAGAUCAAAACGGCACAUCAAUGAAAUACAUCUCGUCUGUAGCCAAACCCUGUUUCGUGUUUGAAAGUUUUGGUGGCACCUGUGUAUUGGGAGAAAAAUGUGACGACUCUUCUGGAGAAGCGACCUGUGUGAAAAAUUCAUCGAAUGAAAACCUACCAAUUUUACUAAUCGUUAUUGGAGCAAGCUGUGGAUCCCUAUGUAUGAUAAUACUUGCAUCAUGUGUCUGCUGGAGAUACCAAAAGAAGUAUGCCGAUCAAACAAAAGUAUUUGACAUCUCGGAAACAAACGUAAAAGUCAAGGAGCCAUCUAACUUGACGAGCGAAAAGAAAUAUAAACCUGUGGAAAGAAACGUCGUUAAAUCGGCAUGGAAACUGAUAGAUUUGGAAUCAAUCUGAAGGAAAAGUACUGCAGAAAAGACAAAAGAUAAUACAAGUAUCAAACAAUA